AUGGCUCGGAUAAGAUGGACGGCAGUUGACCCGGAUUACAAAUCCGACGACGCAGCCGAAGAUCCGGCUGAUCCCAGAAACGAGGACCAGACGGCAGGACCGUCUGGUGAAAUUCCCUUGGAAGAAACCUUGGGGACUCGUCAAGAUUCUCCGAGUGGUCCGAGCACACCGGGUGAUAGCAUAUUAGAAGACUCUGAUUCUAAUGCCGAAGGAUCCGGCGAUGAAUCUGCUGGAGAAGGGUCUGGGCCCGAAUCUGAAGCCCCAGCACAGGAGGCUGAGCCUAUUAAAAAGAAGAAAAAACGGCAUGAUAGUGAUAGUGAUGCUUCUAACAGUGAUGAUGAUACCCAUUAUAAUAAAAAGUUCGAUGAUAAAGGUAUCAAGCUUGAUGAUUUUACGGGUCUAGGAAGCCCCGAAGAUUUUCUUGAGUGGGCGAGACAAUUAGAGAAAAUUUCAGAUUAUAAGGGUUUUGAUGAUUCCCAACGAUUCAAGAUUGCUUAUAUUAGACUCACUAAGAAUGCGGGAAUUUGGUUCGAUAAUUUGAAAGCACGACGUGCUAGAGCAGGAAAAGAAAAAAUCAAGACUUGGACGGUUUUGAAAAGGAAGAUGCGUUCUAAAUAUCUUCCACAUGAUUUCGAACAAAUUCUAUAUGUGAAACUCACUAUGUUGACACAAGAUACUAAGAGUGUUAAUGAAUAUAUUGCUGAAUUUGAUAAACUAACCUCUCUUUGUGAUUUGGAGGAGAAAGAACCAUUGCGGAUUGCUCGAUUCCUUAAGGGUCUUAAUCGACCUAUUGCUAAGAAGAUUGAUUUGAGUACUUAUGAGUCAUUCAAUGAUGUGUGCAAAUUAGCUUUGAAGAUUGAAAGUCAUUGGCUCGAAGAUAAGAAGAGCACAAGUACAAAGAGUUUUGGUACCAAGUCCUCACAAGGGACCGAAACAAGCAAAACUUUCAAACCUUCUAAACCGAGUUCCAACGAGUCUAAGGGAGAAAGCUCAACAAGUGGAGAAAAGAAAUUUGUUAAGAUAUCUAAAGAAGAGUUCGAAUCCCGAAUUAGGUGUUUCAAAUGUCAAGGAAAGGGACAUAGGACGGAUCAAUGUCCUUCCAAGAAAGCUCUCACAAUAAGACAAUACGAACAACAAGUAGAAGAAGAGAAACACAUAGUUUUUGGGUGUGACGAAGAGGAAUCCGAAACUAAGGCAACAAGUAGUGAGGAAGAGAACGAUGAGAUUGAUCCCGAAGAUGAUGAAAAAGUGCUUGUGUUAAGGAAGAUCCUCCAUGCCGAAGCAAUCCCUAACAAAUCUCAACGUGAAAACUUAUUCCAUACUCGUUGCAAAGUAGGAGAUAGAUCAUGCAAGGUGAUCAUUGAUAGUGGUUCAUGUACCAAUGUGGCGUCCACAGAGAUGGUUACUAAGCUCAACCUUCCAACAAGAGUACAUGAGAAUCCUUACAAGUUGAGUUGGCUUGAUGAUUCUAAGGGACUUCAUGUGAAGAAACAAGCCUUAGUAAGCUUUUCCAUUGGGAGACCUUGGCAAUUUGAUCGUCAAGUUACACAUGAUGGUGAGGCAAAUACGUAUUCGGUCAAAAUAGGAAACAAAAGGUUCAAACUCAAUCCUCUACCCCCUAAUUCAAGCUACGGUCAUACCAAAGAUAAAGAGAAGCAAGUGCCGAAUUUCUUUUUGAAUGCUAAGGAACUUGAGAGUGAAGUAGAAAAGGGAGCCACGGUCUUUGCCUUAGUGAUAAAAGAGGCGAAAUCCACAAGUUCCUCAACAAACAUGCACAUAGAAGAGUUGCUAGAUGAAUUUAAGGAUGUGUUCCCAGAGGAACUUCCUAAAGGUCUACCUCCUUUGCGUGGAAUAGAGCAUGCUAUUGAUCUUAUUCCCGGAGCUCCUCUACCUAAUAAACCAGCCUAUAGGUGCGAUCCUACGGCUUCCCAAGAGCUUCAAAGACAAAUAGAGGAAUUGAUUGAAAGAGGCUAUGUUCGUGAAAGCAUGAGCCCUUGUGCGGUUCCAGCUUUACUAGUUCCAAAGAAAGAUGGUACAUGGAGAAUGUGUAUUGAUUCAAGAGCGGUCAACAACAUUACUAUCAAGUAUCGAUUUCCUAUGCCACGACUAGAAGAUAUGCUUGAUGAGUUACAUGGUUCUAUCAUAUUUUCCAAGAUCGAUCUUAGAAGUGGCUACCAUCAAAUGCGAAUUAGAGAAGGAGAUGAAUGGAAGACUGCUUUCAAAACUAAGCAAGGAUUAUAUGAAUGGAUGGUCAUGCCUUUUGGGCUAUGCAAUGCGCCAAGUUCAUUCAUGAGGCUCAUGAACGAGGUACUUAGACCCUUCUUAAAUAAGUUCAUUGUCGUUUACCUUGAUGAUAUAUUAGUCUAUAGUCGAGAUAAUAUUGAACAUAUUGAUCAUCUUAGAAGAUUAUUUGAAACCUUAAGAGAACAACAACUAUAUGGCAAACUUGAAAAGUGCUCAUUCAUGGUUCCAAGUAUUUCUUUUCUUGGCUAUAUUAUUUCGGGAAUGGGUAUUGAAGUGGAUCCCGAGAAGGUGGCUGCUAUUUCUACUUGGGUGGCACCUAAAAACAUUCGUGAAGCACGUAGUUUUCAUGGUCUUGCAUCGUUCUAUAGAAGGUUCAUUAGAAAACUUUUCUAG